AUGGCCACCCCCACGAUCUUGGACAAGAGGGCCUCCUCCAGUCUGAGCUCCCUGGCCUCCGGUGAUCCUUGCAAAAAUUCAAAAAGUAACUCCUGUGAGAAGCCUGUUUCCACUACUGGGCUUGAAGUUGGGUUGGGAAUUGGUAUACCCGUGGUGGUUGUUUUCGCUGCUCUUGGUCUCUUGAUGUGGUGGAGGUACCGCAAAAACAAGAAAGAGUCCUUGGAACAUGACCCCGAUUUCGAUGAAAAUGGAGAUGCUACUGCUCUCCCUGAUUUCCCUCCAUACGCGAAGGACGAUCCGUUUGACAACCGCUUCUCUGUGAGGCCAUACUCCAAGCACAUGGACUCUGCCUCCAAUCACAAAACAACGGAGGUCGGCUCCGUAUCCACCAGAAACGCCGGCGACGACACGCCUGUUGACGGCUUUGUUUUGCCCUACCACCACAACACGCUGUCCAAGGCGUCUUUGGAAGAGUUUGCACGUCACCUGGUGGACCACCGCGUUCCCACAUUUAGAAGGUCCCUGUUGCGCCACAACCCCACCACCCCAGGCGAGAGCACCAACACUCUGCCUCAAAAACUGAACUUGCGCUAUGAGCAAGAAACCGUGGCUGAAAAGGAGGCGCCCGUCGGCAAACUCACGAAGGAGGACUACAAAAAUCUUCCAAACCACUCGGUCGCCUCGCUCAGCGCUAACGAGUACUUCAACACCAAGGAGGAAGUCAGCGACGACACCAACGAUACAUCCAAGCUGAGCGACCACGAUUUCACGGUGGAAUACGAAAACGAAGACGACUUGCCCAUCAAUCAAACAUUAUCAGCCCAUGCAUCGCCUCGCAAAAGGCAGGACAAUGCGACCACAUCCUCCGACGAUUUUGCUGAUGCCAGUGAUUCGAGAGGCCCAUUCCUCGAAACGAACCACGAGGAGCCCGUAGACACGAGAAAAAUCAUUUCUGACGAGUACGAGGAGCCAGAAACUGCAUCGCGGGAAGCUGAGGAGACUGAACAUGAGGAUGAGCCGGAACAGCACGAGUCUGAGCACGAAGAUGAGGAGCCUCGCCAAGUGGCGCCUGCUAUUUUCGUAAGGUCGCCUUUCGAAGAGCAAAACGAGACUUUCGAAACCGAAGAGCCAACCCAAAACACCACAUAUGACGCGUCUCAUGAGGACAAUUCUGAGCAGCCCACUCUUGAUCCAACGCCAAACAGUUCGAUGGACCCCAAAACUAACAUUUCCCGAUCUCCUAGAUUGUCUGCAUUUGAUUUACUCAAGAAUGUCAGUGAUGACGAGGGUGAAGGUGACACGCAAGAACGUGAAGACUUGGACCCAGCGCAAGCGGAAGAGCUAGCCAGAAUGAAAUCCGUUUACAAGGUCUACUUUGACCGCUCCAAUUCGACGCGUACAAAUACUACCGUUGGUGAAGAUGGUGCUUUCCAGGCCGAUGCUAGCCAGCCAUUGCCUAAGAUCGACAUUGAUCAUUUGCAAAUCAACGACCAGUUGAAGGGUGACACCCAAUACGACAAGCGUAAGACGACAACGUCCUCCAUCUACGACGAGGCGCCAAUCUUCGCUGAAGACGCUCAACAGCCUCAGCAGUAUAAUAUGCCUCAUCAGCAAUUCCUGCUGCAUCCAUACGUUCAGCUUCCAGCGGAGCAGUUUCAGCCACCUCCUCCAGCAGAACUUCCCCCAUUGAAGUCGCUUCCAAGUGCCUCGGAGAUUCGCCGCUCCACCAUCGAGACAUUCACUGACUACCAGCCUAGAGGUAAGGGUAGGGCACAUCCCUUGUUGACUCAGAAUGGUUCUUUCACUACUUUACGGUCGCCCACGAGCGAAAUGCCACCAACUAUUCGCGAGGAGGGCGGACCCACACCAUCCCCUCACCAAUUGUCGAGAACCUCAGUCUCGCUCAUGAACCCAGUCGACGAAUUCAAAUCUCAAAGAAAAUUCAAGCCGGCUGGUUCCUUGCCUAAGCAACCAUCCCAGCCAAACUACCUUAACGACUACCAGCAGUCGCAUGAUGACUUGAUUCCUGGCAACCGUAAAAGUGCGGUGAGAAGGAUGAUGAACACCAACUUUUAA